GCGUCAACCUUUUUUUUUUCCUUUGCUCUCGACGCUUCCUCCGUCUUGACACCUUGUGUUAUUGCAACGUUGAAACCCAACAGUUUAAUAAUAUGAAUUUUAAAAGGAAACGGGAAGACAGGCAUUCACAGUUUAUUUUCUUUUCCUCGCUAUCCUUCUUUCUCGGAACGCGAUAAGUGAUAAUCAAAAUCAGAAGCAGCACUACCACGACAGCAGCCUAUAUCUCAACAGAAAGGUCCACACAGUGCACAGCUCCUUCUUUUUUUUUUCUCUCCUCCUCUCUCGCAAUAGAUUUUCUCACCUUCAGCCUUCUCCCUUCAGUAUCACCUUUGUGUCUAUCCAAUUCCGCAAAAAUGCCGGAGGCACCGUCUGACGUCGCCCCCGCGAUCAAAUCCAUCUUCCAGGGUCGCUUCCUCUUAACCAAGUUGCUGGGGAAGGGUGGAUUUGGUGAGGUGUACGCCGCAGUUCAGACAUCGAACAACGAGAUGGUGGCGGUGAAGAUGGAGAAGAACAGCGGUCACAACUCGUUCCUUUUCCACGAGGCGCGUGUGAUGCAGGAUAUCCAGAAGACACCUACGAAGGACGGCGUUUCCGGCAUCGCCACGCUCAAGUACUUCGGGCAGGAGGGCGACUACCGCGUGCUGAUCAUGUCCCUUCACGGCGCCUCGCUGGAGGACCUCCACGAGAAACUCGGUCGCUUCUCCCUCAAGACGACAGUGAUGCUGGCGGACCAAAUUCUGUCGCGUCUCGAGUACAUUCACUCCGUGGGGUACGUGCACCGCGACCUGAAGACGGACAACUUCCUGGUCGGCAAAGGCUCCUUCUCGAAUCGCAUCUUCAUGAUCGACUUCGGUCUGAGCUUCAAGUACAUGGGCUCGGACGGCAAGCACCGCGAAAUCUCCUCAGGCAAGUACUUCCUCGGCACUUCGCGUUUCGCCUCCCUGCGCACCCACAAGGGCUACUCGCAGAGUCGCCGCGACGACUUGGAGCAGCUGGUGUACAUCAUGAUCUACAUGUACCGCGGCCGCCUUCCCUGGUCCGGCCUCAACAUCAAGGAUCUCGCGGAGAAGGAGCGUAAGAUUGGCCAGAUCAAGGCUGACUUGAGCUACGGCCAAAUAUGCGCCAAGUGCCCGCAGGAGUUUGAGCAUCUUCUGUUCUACGCACGCAAGAUGGAGUUCUCCGAGACGCCGCAGUACGACAUGUGCCACGCCCUCCUACAGUCGGUGCUCGACACGAUGAGCCCGCGGGAGAGCAUGGACUACGUCUUCGACUGGAACACCACCGCCAGCAGCAAGCCUUCGCCCCCAACGACCUCUCCUCGCGACGAGAUCGCUCCGGCCAACGCGACUGCGGCAAACCCGCCGAACCUCCUCAGCGAUGCAGCCGGAAAGGGCAUCUUCUCCGGAUUCGGCAGCAGCAAACCGCCCGAGAACAUUUUCAGCGUUGGCGACGGCGACACGUGA